GAUUUGACAAGUUAAGAUCAUUUUGUUUUGUAAAAUAUGAUCCAUCGCGAAUUGUAAAUCUGCUUGUCAAUGUGCGAUCCAGGGAAGUAUAGAUGGUGGGAAUAUAAUUAUGAGAGGCCCGUUACCAGCAGCUACAGUCAGAGUAUGUUGAGGUGGCAAAAACCGCCGCGGAGCAAAAGGCACUCAUCACCCAGCUUGAGGAGGACCUGCGACAUGUGAACGCACUCUCUGCCAUGUUUCGGGGUGAGGGAGAGGGGACGGAGUCAACCACGCCCACCGCAGAGAUGGUGGCAGAGGCCGUUAAGGAGGCUAACACGACUGUAUCAAGCCCUGCACAUGGAGAUGGUAGUCGGUCAGCUUCAGACUCCCUACUGCCCAUUGUCCAGUCACAGCGGGAGAGGUACCGUGUCCGCGCCCAGGAGCUUGAGGCCCAAACAAUAGGACAACAACAACAGAUUACGAUGCUUCAGAACGAGAUUGACAAGCUGCGCUCAGAUAAUGUCAAGUUGUACGAGAAGGUGCGCUACCUACAGUCUGCCGGAUACACACACAAGCCUGGUUCUCAGCAGCAGGAUGAUGGUACUCUGACCAAGUACUCGACCCACUAUGAGGAGAAGCUGGACCCCUUUAACACAUUCAGCAGAAAGGAGAGGGUCAAGCGCUACAUGAAUCUCAAACCUUAUGACAAGAUCACUCUGAGCAUGGGGAAGUUCAUUCUUGGGAACAAGACAGCGAGAGCGUUUGCGUUCUUCUACACAGUCAUCCUACACUCUCUCAUCUUCGUGGUGCUGUACAAGCUGGCCCACACAGAGUCAGUCAAGCGUGAUACAUCCCUUGAGUGCCACCAACAGUUUGCGGAGCACAUGUUGAAGGCACAUGGAGAGAAACAGUGGGAAAUUGGAGACAACCACCAACAUUGAUAGGCAUGGAUUGCCUCCCUUGGAUUGAAGCAAUUUUUAUUAUUUGAAAAUAUAUUGUUCAAAUAGGAUCAAACAUCAGAGACAUUAUGUUUCAUAAGAUAAAUAAUGAUUGCAGUGUGGCUUGUGAGCUGAAGAUAAAGUAUGCUUUUUGAGACAGAAUAAAACAAUUUUAACAAUUUCAUAUUUAAUGUAAAUAAUUUUAUAAUAAGAAUUCUAACACAUGGCUUUCUUCUUUUGAGAAAUUUGCUUGGUUUUCAUAUUCACAUCUGAAGGGAUUCAUAUAAUUACGCAAUGCUGGGUAUUGGAGAUGGGUUUUAUAGCAGGAUUUCUUUUAGGAUAGUUUCCAUCUUCUGGAAUCAUCAGCUCAUUUUUUAACAUUAAUAGUAAAAAUAUUUUUUUUUUAACAUUGAUAGUAAAAAUAUAAAACAAUGCUGUUUUGAGAAGGCUUUUGAAUACACAUCACUUCAUGAUCUUUGGGUAUGACAGUAAAUAAAUAUUUGAGUUUCAUUGUUAUCUUAGUCAUAUUGUAUUCUGCAGAAAUAACAUUCAUAAAUUACAUUAUUAAUCAUAUUUUGUGGUAAGUUUAAUAAAUUCAGAUAUGGACUUCGCGAUACAUAUACAAUAGCGAAAUUGACUUAUUUUAACUAAAACUCCUGAUCAUGUAUUCAUUGGUAUUAAAAAAAGUACAGGGAAAGUAUCUCAUUUAACAAUAAAUUCUAUUAAUUUUCAAUUUUCAAAACAGGUUUCGGAUUAUUUAUAAAUAUACAAUGGUAAAGUUGACUCUUUAAAAAAACUGUUUUGAUCAUGUAAAUAUUGGGAUUAAUAAAAUACAAGGAAAGUG